AUGGCAGCCAAGUACCAGUCCGUGGCCUUGGAGGCCAAGCUAGAGAAGCCUGCGGGCCAUCCUCUGGACAAGGCCAGCAUCGUUUCCAAGUUAUUCCUUUCAUGGGCGACUCCGCUCUUGACACUAGGGAACGAGCGGCAACUGGACUCAUCUGACAUUUGGGCGCUGCAGGACGACUACCGGUGCCACACCACGAGCACCGCGUUUGAGCCGACGUUCAAGCACACCCGGUCGAUUUUGUGGACGAUUUUCAUCACGUACGGGUGGCGGUUUGUGUUUAUUGGGGUGCUGCAGGUUGCCACGGUCGCGUGCACGUUGUAUGGCCCGAUCGUGUUGCGCCAGAUCCUGUCGGCCGUCGAAACCAACUCGUUCGACGUCAGUGCGAUUCUGAAGCUGGUCGUGUCGUUGUUUGUGGUCAAGUUGGUCGCCGCGCUCUUGUCGGCACACUCGAGUUUGGAAAACCAGCUCAUUUCAGUCAAAAUUACGUCGGCGCUGCAGCACUUGCUCUACCAAAAGACGAUGCACUUGGACUCCAAGUUUCGCCGCGAAAAAACGGCCGGCGAAAUCGCCAACAUGUUUUCCAACGACAUCCAGUACAUCAUAAACUUCUCCAUCAACGCCAACCAGCUGUGGCUCGUGCCGGUCCAGGGCUUCACGUUGACGCGGGACGACGACGUCAUUGUCGAAAGUUCGCCUCUGACGCACUCGGACAAUGUUGCGCUGAUUUCUCCGUCGUUGACAACGCCAUUUCCUGUCACGUACGAAUCGCAACUGUUCACGCCCGUCAUGCAGCUCAGUGGGCACACUUUUGACGAGCCCGUGUCUGGUCGUCUCGUCCAAGACGAGGAGCGGUCCAAGGGCCGCGUGUCGGGGAAGGUAUUUGAAGGGUACAUGCGCGCCGCCGGUGGUUGGGGUGUGUUUGCGUCGUGGAUAGUGUACCUUGCGAUCUGGCAAGGGCUGACCGUGGCUGGCGACAUGUGGCUGAGUCAAUGGAGCGGCACAGCGACCGUCGAGACUGACGCAGCAUUCCUCGACCAGUCGGGGUACAACUUGGCCGUGUACGCGAGUUUGUCGGUUGGGGCCGUCGCGAUGACGGUGUUCCGAACGCUCUCCAUCUACGCGUCCGGGAUCCGCGCCUCCCGCACCAUGUUUGACCAAAUGACGUCGUCGCUGCUGCGCGCCCCGAUGCAGUUCUUCGACACGAACCCUCUCGGCCGCGUCUUGAACCGAUAUAGCAACGACAUGAACACCGUCGACAUGGGGCUUCCGUUCGGGUUGUCGGGGCUCUCAGCGACAACCUUUAUCACGCUCUUUUCGCUCGGCACGAUGAUUUACGUGAUUCAGUACAUGGGCGUCUUCCUCGUCCCGCUGCUGUACGCGUACGCGUCGAUCGGUCGGUACUAUGUCCAGCCGGCGCGCGAAAUGGAGCGCGUGAAUAAAACGACCAAGUCGCCGCUGCUCAACUUGAUCUCAGAGUCGAUUGAAGGCGUGUUGGUCAUCCGCGCGUUCGGCGCCAAGCAAAUGCGCCGGUUCCAACGCCUCCACUACCGCAACGUCGACACAAACAACGAAGCCGCGUUUGCGUCGCAGGUGCUCUCGAUCUCACCAGCGCGUUUGUGCUGCUCGUUGUUGCCGUGGCUCUUGUCGUGA